UCUUUGACGUCAGUUCCGGGCGGAAGGGACUGGUGGUUAGCAGGUGGAAGCAGCAAUGGAGGCACAGGGAGAGUCUGCGAGUUAGACAGGCGGGGAGCUUCUGGGGCGGUUUAUCUUGCAGCUCCGUCAUUUUUAUUUUUAAAUUCAGAUAUGUUGCUGUUCUUGUAGUUUUAAACUGCUCCCAAUAUGUUUGGGUUAAAGACAACCUCUUUCACCACCCUGAUUGUGGGGGUAUUUGUUGCCUAUGUCUUACACACUUGCUGGGUGAUGUAUGGGAUAGUUUACACCAAGCCCUGCACUAACCCCAAGAACAAGAACUGCAUCAAGCCUUACCUAGCUCUUAACCCUAAAAUUCAGCUGAGUGUCUAUACUUCAACAAAAAGCAGUGUUACUGAUGGAGCCAAUUUAAACCUCAUGUUGAAGAUAGAACACUUUGAUGUGAACUCUAAGUUUGAGAGGGUCGUCAAUGUUUCAUUACCAAAGAAAACCCGUAACAAUGGGACACUGUACACUCACUUAUUUCUCCACCAUGUUGGCAUACCACCUUGGCAUGACAGUAAUCACGUGUAUGGCAUUGGACACCUUACAACAUACAUGAUUCCUAAACCCGAGGAAAUCAACCUAAUUACAGGAGAGACCGAGGCCCAAGAAACAGCAGAUAGCAUUGAAACUAAAGUUGCAGAUCAGCCUGUUGCACACUGGCGUUCCAAACUCACCAUCAAUAUCAUGGCUGACAACUUCACCUUUGAUGGAUCUGCACUUCCUGCUGAUGUACACAGAUAUUUGAAAUUGGUGCAGCAUGGAAAGACUGUGCAGUAUCUUCCUAUACUGUUUGUUGAUGAGCUAAGCAACCGAGUGAGGGAUUUGAGGGUUAUAAAUGCUACAGCAAUUACGUUACCUCUUACCAUCUCUUAUGAUGCUAUAUCACUUGGGAAGCUAAGGUUUUGGACCCACAUGCAAGAGGCUGUCUAUUCAUUACAACGCUUUGGUUUCACUGAAAAAGAUGUCGAUGAAGUAAAAGGGAUCUUUGUAGACACCAACCUCUACUUCUUAGCUUUAACAUUCUUUGUCGCAGCAUUCCAUCUCCUGUUUGAUUUCUUAGCUUUUAAGAAUGACAUUACAUUUUGGAGGCGGAAGAAAAGCAUGGUUGGCAUGUCCACAAAAGCAGUGCUUUGGCGAUGCUUUAGUACUAUUGUGGUAUUUCUUUUCCUUUUGGAUGAGCAGACCAGUUUAUUAGUCCUUAUUCCAGCUGGCAUUGGUGCAAUUAUAGAGGUCUGGAAAGUUAAGAAAGCCUUUAAGUUGACAGUUAAAUGGCAUGGUUUGCGACCAAUAUUUCAGUUUGGAACAUUUGAUGAAUCUGAAAAAAAGACUGAAGAAUACGACACUCAGGCAAUGAAAUACUUGUCCUACGUACUUUAUCCACUUUGUUUUGGUGGAGCAGUGUAUUCCUUAUUAAAUAUAAAGUACAAAAGUUGGUACUCAUGGCUGAUAAAUAGUUUAGUUAACGGUGUUUAUGCGUUUGGAUUCCUGUUUAUGCUGCCUCAACUGUUCGUUAAUUAUAAGCUGAAAUCUGUGGCACAUUUACCAUGGAAGGCUUUUAUGUAUAAAGCGUUUAACACCUUUAUUGAUGAUGUCUUUGCUUUCAUCAUCACCAUGCCAACAUCACACAGACUAGCUUGCUUCAGAGAUGAUGUAGUGUUUCUUGUGUACCUCUACCAGAGAUGGCUUUACCCAGUGGAUAAAACCAGAAUUAAUGAGUUUGGUGAAUCAUAUGAUGAGAAAGAGACUGUGAAAAAACAGCAUAAAGAGUGAUUUUAGACUGGGCUUUCUCUGCAAGCAGCUGCUAGCCAUAUUUCAAAUCUCUGCUACCUGCAGCACAGCCACUUCAUUAUUGAUCUUUUCCAGCUUGUGACUGCAGCAUAAAUUAUUUCCAGCAGUGCCAACCUUUCUGGAUUUUCAACUCUGGGUCAUAACUCAUGAGAGUUAAACAGUAUUACUCUUAAAAAGAAGAUAGAGUGUGUAAACUAUAAUGUUGCUGUUUGAUAGCACGGUUCAAAUUUGUAACUUAAUGUAAUUUGUUUCAUGGGUCCAAGCCGUUGUGGUGUUAACUGAUCAGAACGGUAGAUAAAGUUGGUCAAGGAUAACUUGCAACUUCACUAAUGACCGGAGUAUUUAAGCAUUUUCUCGCACUACCCUUACAGGCUUGCCUUUAUUUUACUGGUUUGCAUUUUUUUUGAGAGGGGACAUUACAACAUUUACAAUCUGACUUAACUUAUGGCGGCUUGAUGUCAUUGUUUCUGUGUGACUAUGGUUAUUACUGGAGCUGUAGUUCUGCAUUCCAUUUAUUGUAUUAGCAAACCAUGAUUCGGCCAAACAAAUGAUUGAAACAUUUGAAACUAAUCCAAGUUAGUGCAGAGUGGACUUUAAAAUUUUCAAUUCAGAUAUUAAACUUGACCACGUCAUUGAUUUGUAGAGGGUACAAUAAAUAUUUUUCAAGUUAAAUGUUUAAAAGGACAAUAAUUUGCUUUAAUUUGUUGACUGGAUUCUCAAAUAUUGAAAUCAAACCUAUACAACACUUUUAAUUUAUUCAGCAGUAUCACUUUAAUUCAAUUUUAAAAAUCAAUAGGGAAAAUAACAGGGAAAAAUGAUUUCAUACUAAUCUGUGGUAACAUUUAACAAUUGGCUCUUUAGAACUUCUGAUUUAAUUCUGACCAAUGGUUGGACAUUUCAGGCCAAUGAAAGUAAACAUUGGCUCUAAGUUGAAAAUGGCUCUAGUUUCUGUUGAUUUAAUUUUUGACAUUGCUGACCAAUCUUCUCGGUAGUGCUCUUUCUAAGUUGUUCUGACUAUUGGUAAAACUUGCUUUGAUUUGCUGAACAGAUGUAAUGAUCUCUCAAUUGAAUAUGCAUUCCUUUUUUGUGAUUUGGUUAUAAAGUUAUUUUUUAAUAAUACUCACCAAAAGUGUUUUCUGCAGUUUUUAUGUAUCUGUGGUGAAGGUGAAUGCAACUUUUUCCAAAUUUAAAACUUGUAGGUACUAAAUAUCAAAAUAUUUGCAGUGAUGGCCAAUCUUUUCUAAGGAGUAAAUCCCAGAGCUUAAGUAUGAAUAUAAGAAACUUAAGAGCUGAAUAUGUUAAUAUCUUUUAACUUAUUUUUAGUGAUAGCACAUAGACUGUUAGACUCUAGAUGUUCUUUCUUAAUUCAUAAAAUUGCACCAAACUGGUGUCACUACUAGACCAGCUGUAGUGACCGAUAUAAUCUGCUCACUCAGGGCUGUAAAGUUUGGCUACGGCUAUGUGUUUUCUUAGUCCAGUUGGUAAUAGAAUUAAAAUAGGGUAAUCCUAGUACCAACUAAACUGUCACUCUUUUAACAGAGGUUGUCUUCAAAUGGGUAAAGGCAGUAUGAUGCAGAGUGAUUUACAUAGAAAGAGGUAAAUCCAGGAAGUGGUUGAAAUGAUGAAUGUGUGAGAAUUCUGAAUCAGUCCAAAACCAGAAAUGUUGAUCUGAUGAAAAAUUGCUGGCACUAGGGAACUGUAGAAGAUGAAUACAAAAAUUGCACUCGAGCGAGACCUGUGUGAUAAAUAAAUUGCUGAUGUUAUCUGA